AUGGCCCCGGGACGGCCCUGCGCUGCCGGCCUGGCGCGCUUCUGCCAGAAGCUGAAGCGGCAGAAGCCGCUGGACGACAGUACUAUGGAGACGUUGCUGCAGCGCUGCCUGUCCACGCUGGACUUGACCCUGCUGGGGGUGGGCUCCAUGGUGGGCUCCGGCCUCUACGUGCUCACGGGCACCGUGGCCAAGGAGAUCAGCGGCCCUGCCGUGAUCGUGUCCUUCGCCGUGGCCGCCGUGGCCUCCCUGAUGGCGGCCCUGUGCUAUGCGGAGUUCGGGGCCCGUGUGCCCCGCACGGGCUCUGCCUACCUGUUCACCUACGUGUCCGUGGGCGAGCUGUGGGCCUUCCUCAUCGGCUGGAACCUCGUGCUCGAGUACAUCAUCGCUGGUGCCGCUGUGGCCCGUGCCUGGAGCGGCUACCUGGACGCCAUGUUCGACCACCGUAUCCAGAACUUCACCGAGGCCCACCUGGGCGUCUGGCAGGUGCCCUUUCUGGCCAGAAGUCCAGACUGGCUGGCUGCCGGCAUCAUCCUUCUGGCCUCCGCCUUCAUCUCCUGCGGGGCCCGCGUCUCUUCCUGGCUCAACCACACCCUAUCGGCCGUCAGCAUGGUCGUCAUCCUCUUCAUGGUCGUCCUGGGCUUCAUCCUCGCCCGGCCCAGCAACUGGGGUGAGGGGGAGGGCGGCUUUGCACCCUUCGGCUUCUCCGGCAUCAUGUCUGGCACGGCGACCUGCUUCUAUGCCUUUGUGGGCUUCGAUGUCAUCGCCGCCUCCAGCGAGGAGGCCCGGGACCCGAAGCGCGCGGUACCCCUGGCCAUCGCCCUGUCACUCGGGCUGGCGGCCACCGCCUACAUCCUGGUCUCCACCGUGCUCACCCUCAUGAUCCCCUGGCACAGCCUGAACCCUAACUCUGCGCUCGCUGACGCCUUCUACCAGCGGGGCUAUGGCUGGGCCGGCUACCUUGUGGCGACUGGCUCCAUCUGUGCCAUGACCACCGGCCAGAUCAACGGCCUCUUCUGCCUGCCGCGCAUCGUCUACGCCAUGGCCGCUGACGGGCUCUUCUUCACGGCGUUUGACUACGUGCACCCGCGGACGCAGGUGCCUCUGCUGGGCACCCUGGUCUUCGGGGCCCUCACGGCUCUGGUGACACUGUUGCUGGACCUCGAAGCCCUGGUGCAGUUCCUGUCCAUCGGCACCCUGCUGGCCUACACCUUUGUGGCCAUCAGUGUGCUCGUGUUGCGAUUCCAGACGGCCUCUCAGCCCAGCUCGCCCAGCCUGGCCGGCUCCGGCCCGAAGGCCAAGGAGUACAGCUCCUUCUCUGACCACUUGGAGCUGGUGGGCACGGGGCAGGGCCCCCAGCCAGGGCGGCUGCGGCCAGCCCUGAGGCCCUACCUGGGCUUCCUAGACAGGGCCAGCCCCGGCGCGGCCACGCGCUGGGCCAUCUGCGGGCUGGUGGUCUCCGCGAUCGCCCUGGGCUGCGGGCUGAUGCUGGGGGACUCGGUCCUGCGCCUCCCGCACUGGGCCUACCUCCUACUGCUGUUAUGCAGUGCUGUCGCGUUUCUGCUCAGUCUCCUCGUUCUGGGGGCCCACCAGCAGCAACGCCUGAAGGACACCUUCCAGAUGCCCCUGGUGCCCCUGAUUCCAGCCCUGAGCAUCGUCCUCAACUUCUGCCUGAUGAUGAAACUGAGCUACCUGACCUGGGUGCGCUUCACCAUCUGGCUGCUGAUGGGACUCUUGGUGUAUUUUGGCUAUGGCAUCUGGCACAGCAAGGAGAACUGGCGGGAGUCGCCAGGGCUGGUCACUGCCCACUACGUGGCUUUCCCCGACAGCAGGCUGGAGGAGACGGCGCAGGACCCAGGCCGGGCCCCGGCCCAGGGCCCUGGCAGCCCAUGA